ACUAGUCCCUGUCAGUUCCACUCCCCUACCUAUUCUCUCUCUCUCUCUCUCUCUCUCUCUCUUCUCUCUCUCUCUCUCUCUCUCUAUAUAUAUAUAUGCAAUGCACCGACUCCCCGCCGCUCUACUCCCCCGGCCAUGACCUCCGAACCCAGAAGCCGCCUCUCCAGCUGCCACCGCCAUCCCAGCAGACCCGUCACCGGUUUCUGCGCCUCAUGCCUCCGCGAGCGCUUCGCUUCCAUCCAUCCCGCCCCGCUCCUGGAGAUCCCCGCCUCCGCUGUGCUCCGCCGCAGAAAAUCUUUCUCCGCCAAGGACUCUUCCGCCGUCGCGGUGGCAUCCGAGCUGCCGAGCCGGAGGUCCUGCGAAGUUAGGACUCGGAGCACGCUGUGGGACCUUUUCAAUCUUGAUGACGAGCGCAAGGCCCUGAUUGGGAGGUUUGAGGUGGGAUUAGGGGACCUCGGAUUUGGACCGAGGGAAGAGGACGAAAAUGUGAAUGAUUGUGGAGGAGAAAUUAGGGCUACGGAGAAGGUUCUUGCUGAUAUCGGCAAUGGACUAGAGAAUGAGAUUGUGGAGGCAGGGAUGGAGCUUAAGACGAUGAAAGAGUUAAUAGAUCUCGAAUGGCGGAGCAAGAAGAGUGGAGUAAGGGAUUUCAAGGACAUUGCCGGGAGUUUCUGGGAGGCGGCUUCAGUGUUCAGCAAGAAAUUGAGGAAACGGUGGCAAAAGCAGAAGAUAAAGAAGCACAAUGCUGUUAGUAGUCGUAGUUUUGUGGAGGUUGAGAAGCGGAGCGGGAGGCGGUGGUGGGAGACCCAAUCAGAGAUUGGCGAGUACGGAGUGGGGAGUAGGUCUUGCGAUACGGACCCGAGGUUAUCGGUCGAUGUGGAGCGGUAUUCGUUCGAUGAGCCGAGGGCUUCUUGGGACGGGUGUUUGAUAGGAAAGGCAUAUCCGAGGCUUACACCAAUGGUAGCCUUGGAAAAGAAAAUGAAUUUGGGGAAUGAAGAAGAGCAGAGGAGUCCCGGUGGUUCAGCUCAGACGAAGGAUUACUAUUCAGAAACUCCGUGUUCGCAGAGGUGGAGGAGCUUUGAUCGUUCCAAUUCGCAUAGGAAAGGGAUGGUAUCGGAGUUUGAUGACCUGAAAUUGGUAUCCAAUGCAAAUGCUAAAGAGUCUCCAGUGAGUACGUAUUUAUUCUACGGGGCGAAGUUGGGCAUUGCAGAGGAAGCUGAUGCAAGGAAUGGAAACCCGAAAUGUGCGAAAAAUGAUGAUUUGGGGAGUAUCGAGUCUGUUCCGAAAGAUGCUGCUGCGGCUGUGGCAGGUGCGACUUGUAAGAAGGGUUUGAAGAAGUUGAGUAAGUGGCCCAAAAUACGGAAUAUUUUCGGAUUGAUACAGAGGCAGAGGCGAAGCCAACCUAAAUGUGGUAAUGAAGAAGAAAAGUACGAUGAAGGAAAUGUGGCUGAUCAGCCAUUUGGGGAGUCUUGGCAGAAGCUGAGGCGGGUGGCCAUUGCAAGAGCAAAUGUGUCUGUGAGCCAGAAGCUUAUCCGCAGCUAUACCGUUAACUGUAGGAACUCCUACAGAGUGGCGGGAUUGCAGCAGAACAGGACCGCAAGAUAUUCGUCAAACAACCUUGAUAACGGCCUGUUGAGGUUCUCUUUGACACCGUUGAGGAGCUAUAGGAGAAGUAAAUCUGGAAGGGGUAAGCUAAAGAACACGCAUUCAAAAGCCAGGACCCUCUUGUAAAGGUGCAUUCAUCUGCUCUUGAAAGACAUUAACUUAUUGUAAAAAGACAUAUAAACGUGUUUGUUCUUGUUCAUGGAAUAAAUGCCCAUUACAUUGCUA